AUGUUGAGUCAAGUUGUGACCAAUCAAAUCGGGAAACAAGGAGGAGCUUCACAAGAAAGGGCUGAUACUUCGAUGAUUCGGGAAUUAUUGAGGAUGAAUCCCCAAAGCUUCAGUGCUUUGAGCACUACUGAGGAUCUGAAAAACAUUGUGGAAGAGUUGAAGAAGAAACAGAAGGGGCAUGCACAAUCAUCUUCUAGUGCACCUGCACCCAGAAACAAAGUUGAGUAUCAUGGUCAGAACUCCCGAGAUAGGCCUACAUAUUCACAGGGUAGUGUGGUGCAAGGAGGUAGCAAGCCUCCUGCUUGCGCUUAUUGUGCUAGAAAUCACUAUGGCAUAUAUCGAGAAGGCUCCGCAGAUUGUUUCAAGUGCGGUCAUACCGGUCAUUCCAUGAAAGAAUGUACCAAGAGUAAGUUAGAUGGUGGUAAUGAGGGCAAUAGAGCUCAAUCUUCAUUAGUUGCUCCACCAGAUAGAAGUGCACCUAAAGGAGCCACUUCUGGUACUUGGAAAAGGUUAAACUGUCUUUAUGUAAUCACUAGCCGCCAAGAGCAAGAGAACUCUCCAGAUGUUGUCACGAGUAUGAUGAAAGUAUUUACGUAUGAUGUUUAUGCUUUGUUAGACUGA